CAGACAACGUGAUGCGCUCAUCCUUGGCCCGAAGUAUAUAAGGAGGCCUGCCGUUCUCGCUAGGCCACAGUCUUGCGAGUUCUCCGCAUUCACUAAAUAAUCGUUGACUUCAUCGUAUUCGUCAGAAUGGGUGGUUUCGACGCAUUCCGCUGGGAGUCGUCUGCCCACGACCCAGAGAUCGAAAGCCUUGCCUCGGUACCCGUCGACCGUUUAGCCGCACAUGCCGUAGACUACAUCAUGGACGUUGUCUGCCAUGAUGCCCUUAAGACCGCUUGCCACCAUGCACACAACACUGCCCUCUUAAAUACCCUGCUCCGACGCAUCCUUGAGGAUGCCGAAGUUUCGACGGCGGUGGUGCUCGUCGCCCUUUCCUAUGUCAAGAGGGCAUUGGUGAGGUCUGUCAUCAAGGCACGACGAUGGCAGUGUGAGAGGAUGUUUAUUGGUGCGCUGAUGCUCGCCCACAAGUAUAUCAACGAUACGCCAUUCGCGACAUAUUUCGGAGUGUACGUUGCCGGCAGUUUCAAGCGACAUGAGCUCAGCGCAUUGGAGCGCGACUUCCUCACGCUCAUCGACUACGACCUCUGUCCGUCGAGCGAAGAGCUCUAUGCUCAUUAUGAUCCCCUCAUGGAGCUCUGCGUCCGCAGGCCUGUAAUGCUGUUGGCUCAGACAUCUCUAAUUACCCCUCCACCUACCCCGCUCACUCCUCCGCGCAUAGAGCAGAUUACGAUGCGCACGCCAUCGACACAGCUUACCCCAGUUUAUGACCCUCCGAUGGCUUUCAGUCUGUGCCCGUCGUGUCAAACGCAAUAUACCAUACCUGUCGUUGCAUCGCCCAAGAUUGCAAUUCUCAGAGGACGCCGUUCGACUUCGUUGGAGCCUCAGCCAGUGGUUGACGCGAGCAUCGAGCGAUAUAGCUCCAGAUCGUCGCGUGUUUACCGGCCGUACCCUCAAGCAAGAUACAAUUGUGCGAUCAUCGCCGGCGACGUGUGGCAACGGUGAUUGGAGUGGCAGAGGAGAAGUUGGUGGGCAAGGUCUGAUAGCGCCUCGGGUGUUGCAUUCGGUAAUGCACUCUGUUAACCAUUGGUGUGAUUUGUGCUGGCACGACUGCCUUUGUAAGGCCCCUGCCCUUGGUCAUACAGAAUCGACUGCGCAACGGUCUGUCGUUUUUCGGGCUACUACAAUGGACAAAAAUGACCUCUUACGUACCAUAUGCUUCAAGGACUAUGUACUCCGCUCAAUUAGAGCCUGUCUAAGCAAUCGAUAAUGCAGCAGUUAUACCGAG